UUCACGAGCGCUAUAUUCUAAUAAAUAUCUACAAAAAAUCAAACACAACAGCAGAACCAGCAGACCUAAUCCCCAAGCCAAAACCCCAUACAGCCUCGAUAUCACUUUACCAGGAUAACAGGAAACCCUAGAAUUCGCCGGAAAAUGUCAGCGAUAGUUUGUGGGAGCAAGAGAUCCUUCUUGCUGGAGGAUCUUCCCUCGCCUCCUGUAUCCAAAAGGCUUCGAUGCAGUUCCUCUUCUUCUUCACCUGUUCGCUUCUCGCCUCCCUCCCCUCUCCAUCAUCUCAAAGCUCUUUUCCCGCACGUCGAUUCUCAGCUUCUUGAGAGAGCACUUUUUGAAUCUUCUAAUGAUUUAGACUCUGCCAUCAAUAGCCUGAAUGAGCACCAUUUAGAAUCUGCAGAGCAUAAUUCAGGUUCUGCUGAAGAAGCUAGUCUAAAUGCAGAGCAAGGUACAUUACCCAAUGAUGGAGAUGCUGCUGCUUCUGAGAAUACAUCAGUGCCAAGCAACGUUCCUGUGGAUGGUGCAGAAUGGGUGGACUUGUUUGUAAGAGAAAUGAUGAGUGCUGCCAAUGUUGAUGAUGCUAGAGCUCGUGCCUCAAGAGUGCUGGAGAUUUUGGAGAGAUCUAUCAGUAAGCAUGCUGCUGAAGAUGCAGCACAGAGUUUACAGAAGGAAAACUUGAUGCUAAAAGAGCAUAUUGAAGUACUGAUGCGAGAAAACACCAUCCUGAAAAGAGCUGUGGCUAUCCAGCAUGAACGUCAGAAAGAGUUUGAGGAUAAACAUCGAGAGUUGCAGCAGUUGGUAUCCCAAUAUCAACAGCAGUUGAAAACUCUUGAGGUGAAUAACUAUGCAUUGAUGAUGCAUUUGAGACAGGCCCAGCAAAGCAGCCCCAUACCAGGACGUUUCCAUCCUGAUGUCUUUUAAUAAAGAUGUGAACCAAUAUAUGAUUGAUAAUAUUUAGCAAAUGCAUGCUUUGUUGCAACUGCGUUUUGUGUCGAGUUUGGCAGAGGUUAUGCGUGUUAAGUAGAGGUUGUCAUGUACGUUUCCCAAUUCAGUGGAUAUGGGAGGCCACUAGCCUAGUGUGGCAUAUUACAAAGAAGAAAAAAAAAUUAAUUGGUUUUUCUCUUAAAUUAUUUUUUCAGCAAAUUAUGAUACAGUACAGUACCACGUAUACUUUCAUCUAUUAUUCAUCUCUCUAUUGACAUUGUGUUGAACAAUUGUCAGCAUUAGGAUCUGAACGUAAAUCGGUUUUUGUC